AUGGUCAGAUCAGGCAAUGGGUCUUAUGUUAAAGCUAGGGCUUUGCUUGACUCGGGAGCGGGGUGCUCCGUAGUGAAGAAAUCAUUUGUAGAAAGAUUCAAAGUACACCAACAGUUUACUGGGAAUAAUAUUUUUGGAGUAGGUGACAUAAAGGUAAAUGUGCCAGGCACGAUUGCUAAGCUUGUAUUCAAACCACGCGGGAAAACAGUGCCUAUCAUCAGUGUAGUAGCUACAGUCAUGUACAGGGUUACGGGAAACAUACCUUAUUAUGAUACUGAGAUCAGGACUCAUUUGGAUUCAUCAAAACUUGAAUUAGCUGACCCUGCCUUGGAUAAAUCGCAGGAUGUGGACAUCAUUCUAGGAACGGAUGUGCUCAAUUAUAUAUACACUGGUUCAAAGAUACUCACUAACAUUCCAGGUGUUGAGGCGUACGGCACCUGCUUCGGUCACGUGCUGAUGGGGGCAACUUGGAAUUACCCAUCAUCAUUAACAACACCGACCGCCGGGACAUCAGUAGAGGACUACGGCAUCCAUGCUACUCGGCUCGAGGACGUCCUAGAAAGGUUUUGGAGAGUGGAGCAGCCCCCCGAGGAGCGGCCGCAACACCCAGAACACCUCGAAUGUGAAAGGUUGUAUACCUCCACUACUCAACGUUUAGAUAAUGGCCAAUUCAUGGUGCGGUUGCCGCUGCGGGCAGACCGACCCAAGCUGGGCGAGUCUAGGGCUCUAGCCAUGCGUAGACUGAUUUCGUUGGAGGCCAGGCUGGCCAAAAAUCCAGUAUUUGCUGAAAAAUAUAAGGAAUUCAUGAGGGACUAUGAGGCACUUGGUCAUAUGUCCAAAUCAGACUUUAAUUUCGAGAGCGAACACUAUGUAAUACCCCACCACGGAAUUUUCAAAAAGGGAUCCGAAAAGAUCCGCGUCGUAUAUAACGCUGCAGCUAACUCAAGCACCGGAGUAUCGCUCAAUCAAUGCCUUCACUCAGGCAAACCGCUUCAAAAUGAUAUCACUCAAAUAUUGUUAAAUUUCAGACGUCAUCAAGUUGUCUUCACGACCGACAUCAGAAUGAUGUUCCGGCAAACGUGGAUACACCCCAGCGAUAGGCGCUAUCAGCUGAUUCUGUGGCGCGAGGAUCCGUCGCAGGAUGUACAGGUAUAUGAGUUAAAUACCAAUACAUACGGACUACGCUCCAGUCCUUUCAUCGCGAUAAGGACCUUACUUCGAUUAGCUGAUGACUGGGAAGCCCAGCAUCCAGACUCACCGGCUGCUCAUAUCAUGCGCAGAGAUGUAUAUGUUGACGACAUCCUCACUGGGGCUGAUUCACUCACCGAGGCCCAAGAACUCAAAUCAGAACUCAUAGAACUCAUGCGGAGCGCUGGAUAUGAGUUACGCAAAUGGUCGUCUAACCGCAGAGAAUUAUUACAGGAUCUUCCGCAGGAGCAUUGUGAGAUGCCUCGUCAGUUUGACACUGACGACAAGAGUUUCAUAAAGGUAUUAGGGAUACAGUGGAACCCCAUGUCAGAUUCCAUGUCGUAUCAACUCAACAUACCGUUGGGCCAACCAACGACGAAACGUAGCAUAUUGAGUACCAUAGCUAGACUGUAUGACCCGUGUGGCUAUUGCGCACCAAUCAUAUUUAGAUUCAAACUGUUUUUACAAUCACUGUUCACAGAUGGAUUACAGUGGGAUGAGCCACUGUCCCAUACUCAAGACCUUCAAUGGAAUGAACUCAUUCAAGAUCUACAUCACUUGAGUCAGCUACAGAUUCCGCGGUGCGUCACUCUGCCCGGUGCGGUGUCACACUCCCUCCACGGCUUUGGAGAUGCGUCGGAGCUCGGCUACGGAGCCUGCGUGUACCUCCGGACUGAGGACGCGUCAGGGAAUGUACUAGUACGGUUAGUGAUAGCUAAGACUCGCGUAGCGUCAAGGAGAGUCAAACAAACCAUUCCGAAGAGCGAGUUAAAUGCAGCUCACCUGGUUUAUAAGUUAUUAAACCACGUCGCAGCGGCAUACGAGGAAUCAGUUCAGAUUGACAGCAUAAAUGCUUGGUCAGAUUCCAGAAUUGUGCUAUGUUGGUUGAACACAAAGCCUCAUGUGCUACAGACUUUUGAAGGUAACCGUGUUCAAGAUAUUCAACAGUCAACCCGACCUAUGACAUGGAGGUAUGUCAGAUCGGAGUCGAACCCUGCCGAUGUCGCAUCGCGGGGGGCUACGGCGAAGGACCUCAUCGGGUUUCAUCUUUGGUGGAACCCAGAAUGGUUAAUGACGAAUGAGUCACAGUGGCCGACGAUGCCGGUCACCAUGUCACCAGAUUUACCCGGAUUCAAACAGUUACAUCACAUUACGCCGGCCGAGAAGUCAUGGGAGGAGUUUCUGUUAUCACGAGUCAGUUCGUUCAACAAGCUUAUCAAUGUGACGUCAUACGUAUUGCGAUUUUGUAAGAACGUUCGUUUGCCGAAAGCGCAACGGAACGUUCGCCCUACGCUAACGAUCGACGAAAAUCGUGAGGCAAUGAACCACUGGAUUAAGUACGUUCAACUGGAUGCUUACAGAGAUGAAAUCGUGUUAUUGAAAGGAGGCAAGAUUGUUUGCAAGUCACUUCAAAAACUCAGCGUUUUCGUAGAUGAGAAUCACUUCAUUCGCGUCGGAGGGCGACUGCGGCAUUCAUGCUUACGUUACGAUGCUAAGCACCCAUACCUUCUACCUAAAGACCAUAAAUGGACUCAAAUGUUGAUGCAGCAUUAUCACCGUACCUAUUGUCACGCUUCAAUGAGCGCACUCAUCAAUAUACUCCGGCAACGUUACUGGAUCCCGUCGGCGCGACGUGUGGUAUCCCGCGUAAUCAAUAGCUGUAUGUCGUGUUUCAGAUUCAACGCUUCAACGCAGGCCCCGUUUAUGGCAGAUUUGCCAGCGGACCGAGUCACGGCGGCUCGUGCCUUUUCAGGAGUAGCAACCGAUUUUGCCGGUCCCUACUGGGUCAAAAGUAGUCACCUCAGAAAUGCUAAAUCACUCAAAGCUUAUCUGUGUGUUUUCGUAUGUUUAGGAACGAAAGCCGUACAUCUUGAACUCGUCUCGUCGCUGAGCACCGAGGCCUUCAUUGCGGCGUUCACACGGUUUGUCAGUCGACGAGGGCUGCCCGCCUUAGUCAGGAGCGAUCAAGGUACAAAUUUCAAAGGUGCUAGCUCAUACCUCAAGGAGGUUAGUCAGUUCUUACUUGACAACGAAAUUGUCCUCCAGGAGGAAUUUCGUCGCCAAGGUGUCCGCUGGGAGUUCAAUCCUCCUGGUGCCCCUCACAUGUCAGGCUUGGUAGAAGCCGCAGUCAAGAGUAGUAAGAACCUACUCAAGCGUGAGUUAGGGGACCGCAUACUGACCUUCGAGGGUCUUUCAACCGUAUUUACCAAAGUAGAAUCGGUGCUUAACUCACGGCCUCUGGUUCCUUUAUCCGAGGACCCAUGUGACUUGGAAGUACUCACUCCGGGCCACUUUCUUAUAGGGCAACCAUUGCUAUCGGUACCUGAGUACCCGUGGAAAGACACUAAUGUAGCAUGUUUAUCACAUUUCCAGUCUUUACAAAAGAUUUCACAAAACUUUUGGGCUAAAUGGCAUAUUACUUACCUUAAUAAUUUGCAAACCAGACUCAAAUGGUACAAUCAUGUUCCUAACAUGGCUUUAAAUGAUUUAGUAUUAAUCAAGGAUGAAACUGCUCCCCCUCUCCACUGGCGUAGAGGUAGAGUGAUUCAAUUAUUUAAAGGUGCAGAUGAUAUUGUACGAUCAGUUAAAUUAAAAACUCAGGGCGGCGACUUAAUCCGGCCCGUUGUCAAAUUGUGUAAAUUACCAGUAGAGUGUAUUUAA